AUGCAGGAGAAGGACGAUGGCGGCAGGACCCAACAGGAGAAGUUGAUCGAUGAGUGGCUCCCUAUCAACUCCUCCAGAAAGGCCAAGUGGUGGUACUCCGCCUUCCACAAUGUCACCGCCAUGGUUGGUGCCGGCGUGCUUGGCCUUCCCUAUGCCAUGUCCGAGCUUGGCUGGGGUCCUGGCAUCGCGGUGAUGAUCCUGUCAUGGAUCAUCACGCUGUACACGCUAUGGCAGAUGGUGGAGAUGCACGAGAUGGUGCCAGGGAAGCGGUUCGACCGGUACCACGAGCUCGGGCAGCACGUGUUCGGCGAGCGGCUGGGCCUCUGGAUCGUGGUGCCGCAGCAGCUCGCGGUGGAGGUGAGCCUCAACAUCAUCUACAUGGUCACCGGCGGCCAGUCCCUCAAGAAGUUCCACGACGUCAUCUGCGACGGCAACUGCAAGGACUUCAAGCUCUCCUACUUCAUCAUGAUCUUCGCCUCCGUCCACUUUGUCCUCUCCCAGCUCCCCAACUUCAACUCCAUCUCCGCUGUCUCCCUCGCUGCCGCCAUCAUGUCGCUCAGUUACUCGACUAUUGCGCGGGGCGCAUCGCUUGACAAGGGAAAGGCGCAGACGUGGACUAUCAUCUGCGCGCGCGACGACGACUCCAGGGAAGGUGUUCGGCUUCCUCGGGGCCUAGGGGACGUCGCAUUUGCGUAUUCGGGGCACAAUGUGGUGCUGGAGAUCCAGGCCACCAUCCCGUCCACGCCGGAGAAGCCAUCUAAGAAGGCCAUGUGGAAGGGCGCCUUGGUCGCCUACAUCAUCGUCGCCAUCUGCUACUUCCCCGUCACAUUCGUUGGGUACUGGGCCUUCGGCAGUGGCGUCGACGAGAACAUCCUCAUCACGCUCUCCAAGCCUAAGUGGCUCAUUGCCCUCGCCAACAUGUUUGUCGUCAUCCAUGUCAUUGGCAGUUACCAGGUUUAUGCCAUGCCGGUGUUUGACAUGAUAGAGACGGUGCUGGUGAAGAAGCUGCGGUUCGCUCCAAGCCUAACGCUCCGUCUUAUUGCCCGGAGUGUCUAUGUUGCGUUCACAAUGUUUGUAGGCAUCACUUUCCCCUUCUUCGGUGGAUUGCUCAGUUUCUUUGGCGGAUUAGCCUUUGCACCAACAACUUAUUUUCUUCCCUGCAUCAUGUGGCUCAAGGUUUACAAGCCCAAACGGUUCGGCCUUUCAUGGUUCAUCAACUGGAUCUGCAUUGUAAUUGGAGUGCUGCUGCUGAUUCUGGGUCCGAUAGGAGGGCUCCGGCAGAUCAUUUUGUCAGCCUCGACAUACAAAUUCUACCAGUAA